AUGAGCAUGAGAAAGAAUACAUUUGGAGGAACGACGAAAUCAAGGGACCAAUUAGAGGGUGUUCGACGAGAUUUGAAGGUUGCUAAUGAUGAAGUUAAUACGAGGAACGAAGAAAUCAAUGGAUUGAAAGACCAAUUGGAGGGUGUUCAAGAAGAGUUGUCUGCAGAGGUUGAGAAAGUUCAUAAACUGAAGGGUGAUUUGAAGGCUGCUAAUGAUGAAGGUGAUUUGAAGGCUGCUAAUGAUGAAGUUAAUGCGAAAAACGAAAAAAUCAAUGAAUUGAGGGACCAAUUGGAGGGUGUUCAACGAGAUUUGUCUGCAGAGGUUGGGAAAGUUCAUCAACUGAAGGGUGAUUUGAAUAGAGCUAAUAAUAAAGUUCAUACUUUAGAUGAACAAGUGAAAGAUCUUAAAGAACAAUUAAAAGCUAAGUUGACCCCAGCAGAGAAUGAAGCUAAGUAUUUGGAGGGAAGAGCAGCUGUUUUGAGGAAAGAGAUCGAAGAGUCUGCUAAGAAUAUGAAACACCCUUAA